UCUACUGCGUCGCCUGUCUGACGUGGAUCAAGCCAAGCGCUGUCACCCUCCCUCCCUCCCUCCCACUCCCUCUUUCGUUUCACGCCGCAUCCUCCCAAUGAUCACCGACUGCAGGGAUGGAGAACUGGGACCAACCAUCACAGGACCAGUGAAGAAGAAAUAAAGCAGUGAAAGCCACAGUGCGUCGAACGGCUGUUUUUUUAGGACUGCUGCUCGAGCGAAACUUAUUUGGAACAAACACAAGCUUCGACUGAACCGUUUCGGUGCUUUUCUCGACGCAGAACUCGACUGUCACCUGUGCGCGCGGCGGAGGCGGUGUCCACACCUCUAUUUGACUACUUCAUUGUACCUCCCCGACCCCGCUCGCGUCCCAACAUCUUUUCCCCCGGGACAGAGACAUGUCUGGACGAAACGUUACCAUCCCGGACGACCAGGCGUUCGCCAGCUUCAAGUCGGAGUGUCUGAGUGAGGAAGGUUGGACUGUGACCUACAACAAGGGGGGCAUCGCCGUGUGGAGCCAGGCGUUGGAGGAGGGCAAGAGUGUCCAUAAAAUUAAGUGUCGGAUGGUCACGAAGGAUGUGUCAGCUGAGACCAUGUAUGAUGUUCUCCAUGACAUUGAGUACAGAAGAAAAUGGGACACAAACGUCAUCGAGACCUUUGAUAUUGGAAAGCUUACAGUCAAUGCAGAUGUUGGGUAUUAUUCAUGGAAAUGUCCAAAUCCGCUCCGUAACCGAGAUGUCGUCACGCUUCGCUCCUGGUUGCAAACGGGGAAAGACUACAUCAUCAUGAACUACUCGGUUAAACAUGCGAAAUAUCCGCCCAAAAAGGACAUGGUCAGAGCCGUGUCCAUACAGACUGGCUACAUGGUGCAGAGCCAGGGGCCCAACCACUGUGUCCUCACAUACAUGGCACAGUUAGAUCCACGGGGUUCAUUACCCAAGUGGGUUGUCAAAAAGUUUUCCCACUUCCUUGCACCGGGCGCAAUGAAGUCGAUCAACAAAGCGUGUUUGAAGUAUUCCGAUUGGAAGCAGAGGCACAACCCUGGAUUCAAGCCCUGGCUGUACCCUGAACAGACUACAUUACCCAGCAUCCCGCUUUCCGAGCUUAGCAUUCAGCAUGCCGAGAGCCUGGAAAAUAUUGACGAGAGCUCCCUGUCUGAGACCCACGAUAGAGAUGACGGCUACUAAUUCGUGCACACGCAAGUUAGACCUGGGUCAUGUAUUCAUGCGCACGCAUCCAUCAAUGCAGGGAUACAUGCACGCCAGAUACACAAUGACACAUAUGCUAUGUAGAUUCAUUCAUACACACGCGCACCCUACUAGUAUAUCUACUCAUGCUCACUGCACAUUUUGUGGGAGCAUUCAGAUGCAAAUGGCCAUUUCACAAAGUCAGCUCCAUGUUUUCCUACAUAAUGCAUGCACGCAUAUUUUGCCAAUGUCAGAAGCAUUCACAGCUGCACACACACACUUGCUGCGAUGGGCCGCAAGUAUUUUUUUUACAACUUAGUAAUAUCCGUCAAAUGUCUGUAAAUGCGAUUUGCCUUGAAAUGUUUUCAAAUUCGAUUGGUAUGGAAAAGCAUUUUUUCGGUAAAUUUACUAUUUAGAUGUUUUUACGGUAGCCUCUGUCGUAUUGAAACCUGAGCAAAAAUAAAAAGGAUGUAUUUCCAAUAGCAAUUUGCAAAAAUACAGUUCAUACAUAGUUAAAUAUGCUUACAAAAAAGACGUACCCAUUUUGUUUUCCUUUUUGUCUUUCUGUCAUUAGUUGUACUUAUAUUUUGUAAGCACACAAGAAAUAUGCAGGUGUACUACAGGAGGCAGCUGAAGCUCACGACGAAACUCAAACAACAUCUUUUCUAUACUUGCGAGGGUUCCGUUUGAUAUAGCGUCUUAAAUCCUAAUCUAAACUCAAAUCUCUAAUCUAUGAACUGUAAAAGCAAUGAGCAGUCUCCUGGACUGAUAGGUGAUGCUGAUGUGGAAGUGCCUUAUACCUGCAAUCUUUCAAAUGGCCAGCAGAGGGAGACUCCACAGGUUUCAAAACUUUACAGUUGAGAGGACUCAAAAUCCCAACUUGGUUUAAAUGAUAGUCGAUAAAGCAAUGACUGAAUAGCAUUGCCCUGAUGCGGUCAUGUUCAUGCUCAACUACACAAAAUCUGUAAAGAGCAGCCAAAAUGUCCCACCAGAAAUGGCCUCACAAUGAUAGAAACGUAUGUAACAAUGCAGCUGUAAUACACAUUUUCUUUCUCUUCCGCUCCUCAAGAUGAUGUAUGAAUGUAUGUCUACAAAUUUAAUACAGAACCCUACAGUGGUUUUCAAACUUCACUUGA